GGUGACUGCUCACCGCGAGCGUCACAUUGCAUCCCCGACGUACGUUCAUCAAGCUUUACUGAAGUUCGGAAUACUUGAGUGGCGGUCGGUGCACCCCAGGUCCAGGCCAACAGAUCGGCGCCUUCUCGAAGACACCGGGCGUCGUGCUUGAUAUCGAGGAUCGAUCGAGAUCGAGCAGUUCCGAAGACGAUAUCUUCGUCAAAGGACUAGCGGGGACCGGAUAUCCGAGCGAUUCUUUUUCCGAAAUCAUUUUUCGCAUGUCGUAAGUCGAGGUGGAUCUAUCGGAGCGCGAUAAGAACGUACAUCCGGCGACAGGAUCUAGGAUCACGCGCGAUUAAUAUGGGCAUCAGCUACAUUCCGUUGAUCAUGGUAGCUAUGGUACCGAUUAUCACUGGUAAUUUUGGACAGCGUGUCAUGGGGAAAAGGACCUCCGUGGGCAAUGAUAUCGCUAAUGUCGAUUAUCCCGAUUACUCUGCCAAAUACGACGAUUAUCCGGUAAUAGUGCCAAAGAGGGCGGCUCUAUUGUUUGAUCAACUGAUGGUAGCUCUACAAAAAGUCGUCGAUAAUCAGGGAAAAGGGGCGAUUGGAAGUAGAGGCAUAAGCAAGUCGUCGGCUCCACGUUUUAUAGCGAACCCGGAAAUUCCUGGGACGGAUGACCAAACGGUAGCAAAUUCGAUGGAUUUACAACGACGCGGACAAGCCAAAGGUCAAGUUUAUUGGCGUUGUUACUUCAAUGCUGUUACGUGCUUCAAGAGGAAGUGAUAAUGACCACGCCGCCGUCAGUUCUCCUCAAUCCCGAAGACCAAAAGAAAGUGCGCCAUUUCGUAUCAUUUUCUCGACUUAAUUGCAGCAACACGACAACGAGAUUGUAGCAGUGCUUUCCCCGGCUAGAGUGUCAAAUAAUUAAGUGAAGAUCAAGAACAUACAGUAACACAGAUUCGCGCAAUUACUCGUAUUUGUCGAAUGUCGAGUCAACGAUUCUCUUCUUCCGGCGCGUCAAACAAAAAUCUUUGUCCUUCUUCUCUCAGCGACUAUCACCGUCCUAUCUCCUCUAUCGCGGAUCACACAAGCGACACAUGUAGGG